AUGUCAUCUUCUUCGUCAUCUUGUACGUCCCAUUCAGACGAGCAACAGGCUACAAUUGACGCCGAGAACACCGUUAACCAAAAUAUUUUCUACGACGGUAGUAGAGGUGAGUCGUGCCCGGCUGACUUGAUCCAGGACCAUGCGGCUCGUAAAAUAAUAUUUGACAGGGGCUUCGUUGACGGCAUAAACAUGCGGAUGUCACUUCCAUCAGAAUUGAAAUCUGUGAACGCAUCGAGUGAAGCAGUGGAAGUUUUUUCCAUGACUAAUAUCAUCAAUGCCACCAUGGUUGCAGAUGUGGCAAUCAGGUCAUCGAUGAAUGCGUUGGAAGCGGCCUCGUUGGCAGUCGAUUUGGAGAAUGGGCACGCUGAAGUCACCGCCAUCGAGGCGAUGGUGACAGUUGCGUUGGACGCCGUGGAGGCAACUGAGGUUGUUGCUAGUGUGGCCCGGUCUAUAUCGCGUAAAAGCAGACGUUCACUUGGUAUGGCUGAAUGA